UGAUGUUAGGAUAAGCCAGACAGAAGGAGAAUUGUGACCCAUUUCCACUAUACCGCAUGGCCUGACAAAGACGUUCCAAGAAGCACAUCAAGUUUGUUACAUUUCUGGUACCAAGUCAGGAAACACGACGAGAACAAAACAAGACCGUGGUUAGUCCAUUGCAGUGCUGGGGUUGGGCGUACUGGAACUUUCAUUGCGCUAGAUAUUCAGUAUGACCAAGGGAAAGAAAAGGGUACCGUUGAUGUAUUCAAGUGUGUUGAUGAACUGAGGAAACAGAGGGUCAACAUGGUUCAAACAAAGGAACAAUAUAAGUAUCUACAUGGUAUCAUUGUGGAAGCACUGGUGUUACCAUCACAACCUAUACACACGGACAAGUUUCACGGCGUAUACAGUGAGCUCAAAGAGAUUGACUCGAAGACCAGAAAAACGAAACUGUACUUGCAAUACGAGACUCUGAUGGGAGAAUUAGGAACUGCCAGUGGCAACGACUCGGAGGAUGAUAAUUAUACAUCAGCAAAGAGGAUAGAGAACAAAAAGAGAAAUAGAUACGACAAUAUACUUGCACCAAACGAGUUCCGGCCAUUUCUACUUACACAAGUGCCAGGAUGUACAGACUAUAUUAAUGCUGUCUUUAUCCCGGGCUACCGGAAUAAGUUUGGCUACAUACUGACCCAGACACCAAUGCAGGCUACAGCUAUCGACUGUUGUCGUCUAGUUUAUGAGCAGGAGGUCAAAAGCCAUCGUCACUUUUCAAGAACUGGUGACGAUGAUGAUUGA